AUUCUUCUAAACAAAGUGAGCGUUUGGAUAAAGCCCAACAAGAAUGUCAGCAUCAUUUAUCAGCAACUUCUGUAAUUCAGGAUAGUAUUAAUUUAACUAAUGAAUUAAAUAAAUCUGAUAAAACACCCAACUUUCAUUACGAAGAAUCUGAUGAUGAUAAGAGUGAAGAUUCAGAUAUAAAAUUAUCAGUUAAUAAUUACCCAACACAUUUAAACAAAGAAUAUUUACUUAAUAUUCAA